AAAGAAACAACUCUCAUACAAAAAACGACCAGCGGCGAAGAGAAACUCUUUCUUCCAAAAAAAAAAAAUGAUGGAGGAGAAGCCAGGGUUUGGAUUCCGUCCGUACGACGAGGAGCUCGUGGGUUACUAUCUCCGUCAUAAAAUUCUCGGAAACAAUAGUCUCGUCGACGGAGUCAUCAGAGAGAUCAAAAUCUGCAGCUUAGAUCCUUGGAACUUGCGCCUUCAAUCCAAGAUCAAAUCGAGAGAUCUUGUAUGGUACUUCUUGUCCCGUCCAGAAAACAAAGGGGGUAAACAGAGCAGGACGACGCCUUCCGGGUCCUGGAAGCUCACCGGAGAUCCUGUGUAUGUCAAUGAUCGGUGGGGAAACUUGUCUGGUUUUCGAGGUACGAUUGGUUAUAAGAGGGUUUUAACGUUCAGCAAGGGGACGAGCACCAGCUCCAAAUCAGACUGGGUGAUGCACGAGCUUCACUACACCCACACUGACUUGCCUGAACACAAGAGAACAUCCUAUGUGAUAUGCAGACUGGAAUAUAAAGGUGAUGAUGUGAACAUUCUAUCUGCAGAUCCCACUCCCACUAUGGCCAAUAGUGCAAGCUCUGCUGUGGUCGACCAAUCAUAUCAAGGGAAUUCUGGUUAUUACAAUACUUUGUCCGAGUAUGAUUCAGCGUAUCAGUUUAAUGGAAACUAUGACUCGCAGCCAUCAUCUCAAGGAUUUUCAGAAUAUUUCAACCAUACCUCGGAGUAUGGUUUGGCAAAUCAAAACCACUGGUUUAGCAACGUGCAACAACAACAACAAGUUCCUUACUCGGCCGCAUAUCAAGAUGAUUAUGAUAUGUUGAAGCAGGUUGUUGAAGAAAACUAUGACUAUUUGAUAGAUGAAAGGACAUGUAUGCGAGAAGAUUCCAGCCAUCACCAGCCUAAAAGGCCUGUCACUGGGGUUUUCCCCGAUUAUAGCAGUGAUAGUGACACUGACUCAAUGGUUGGGAGAGAUGACGCUUGGAGUUCGACCGAUAGUGUUGGUAGUAAAGAUGGACCAUACCACACUCCUAAAGAUAGAACUCCAUCAUUGAGUACUGUUGAGCCAUUGCACAAUCAUGAGCCACAAAAGCAACCAAAGCAGCAGGAGUUGCAGAGCAAAGAAAAGGUGAUAAAUAAGCAACAAAGAGAAUUCGAGUGGAAAAUGGCUGAAGACGCGAUCAAGAAGGCUCCAUCCACCACUGUAGUGAAACAGAGCUGGAUUGUUCUGGAGGAGAUAAGUCAAAGGAGUUCACGGUGGAUCUAUCUCAAGAACAUCACUGGCCUCUUACUGUUCAUCUUCAUAAUUGGUUGGAUCACUCUUGCUGGUUAGGUGAUCAAAAUCCGGUUUUUAGCCACAAGUUUCUUUCUUGUCUUCUGUAAUUUUUUGUUUUGUUUUGUUUGCUCUGUUUUCUUGCUUGUAAGAAUAUGAAGUUGUGCAAUUUAUGUAUAUGGAAAAAAAAAAGUGGUACAAAAGAAGUAUGUAGAUAAAUAAAUAAAAUAAAG